AUGUCUUCGUGGAGGGUCUCUGAAUCAGCUGACGAGCCCCACGUGUUCGGGGACAUCAUGGAACAGUUGCCGCAUGGUAGUGUGACGGACGGGACCUUCCACUCGAAGCUGAGGAGUGUCAACAAUUCGCAUUUUCAGGGGUUGCAAUUUUGCUUCACUCACGGCCACUCAUGCUGCACACUGGAACACGUGGACUUGGAUAUCAGUGGGCUUCCCUGCCAAGAUAAUUCAAGAGCCAACAAAAAGAGAAAGUUUGAGGACAUCAAAAUGAGCAUGGUGAACGAUCUGCUCGGAAGCCACUACUUCUUCACCCAGCUAUUUGUCAGUCCUACUGAUGUUGGGCAUCGUGGUGUCGCGAGAAACCGGACAUACAUCAUCUGCCACCACAAAACCAAGACUGAACCUUUGUUGGAUGUGCAUGAGGUCUACCAAUCGGUCACCGACGUUCUCAAGGGCAGUGUUGCAACAGAGCCACAAGAUUACAUGGUGAGCCCCAAACUGAUCAAGGCACAUUUCAACAUGGGUGUUUGCCAGAGUCGUGGCAUCAGUUAUGACGCAGAAGCGAGUUCCUGCGCUUACAUGCUGAACGAGCGAGAGACUCAGCUAGUCCAGCUUCUUGACAGGGACUACGCCAAGGAGUUGGGAGGGGACCCAUCCAUGGAUGGGAACCUCAUCUACUUUCUUGGUGACAGGUACGAGUUCAGCCGAACCUGGUCAGCUAAAUCACACAGAGUUCCAACCUACAGGAGGAACAAUGGGUUGUUUCUGCACCGGCAAACAAUGACCUUCAUGACUGGAACCGAUAAACUGGCCUCCUUGGGGUGGCCGGUCACUCCAGAAACCGCGAAGCAAAUGCUCACCAAAGUUUUGCCAAACAUGGACUCCAAAAGGAGCUCACUCAUAGCAGGCAACUCAAUGCAUUUGUCGAACGUAGCCUUGGUGACUAUGGUGGCUCUGCUGUGUUAUGGGCCAGCAAGAAGCCAAAGUGUAGUGACACAGCUGUGUCUCUGA